AUGCGGGCUUCACCGUCGCCAUCGCGCCGUCGCCUGACCGAGGGAGAAGACCGUCGCGCCUCACUGCCUCGCCACCGCCGAACUCGCGCGCAGAGAGAGAAGAUGCGCGAAAGGGAGCCACCGCGGGGAAGCCAUCACCGCCUGUCAUCGUCGCCGAGCGUGGGCCUUCGCCGUUCUCCUCGUCGUCGACCAGCUUGUCGCAUCACCGCUGACGCGCCAUCAUCCUCGUCACAGAGCCAGCCGCCACGGAGCUUCCAUAGCCGCCGCGUUUCACCGCGGUUGAGGGCGUCUCCAUCGUCGCACCUUGGCCGACGGCAUUACCGAUUUGCUGCUCCUCGGUGCCUAGCUGGAGCUCCUGUUGCUGAUGCCGGAGAUCGGCGGUUGCCGGAAAUCACCACUGUUGUUGUUGCCGAAGGAGGGAGAAGCCGUGCCGCUGUUCUGACCGCCGGAGCUUCUGGUCGAGCCUCAACCGCCGGGAACGCCGCUGCCGCCACCGAGCUCCACUGCCGAUCGCCGCUGCUGCUUGGGGCUAACUGCCGGGCUGCCGCCGAACCGGUUCGGAGACCGCCGUUGUUUCGCAGCAGCAGCUGCAAGCUGCUUGAAAGAAAGAAAGAAACAGGAGUAGGGAACGAAUUGAGAGGGAAGGAAGAAGGAAGGUUCGCCGGCGUGGAGAGGGAAGGGAGCUCACAGUGCCGCCGUCGCCCUCACCGCGUCGCGCCGCCGCGGCAGUCCACGCGUCCUUGUCACCGUCGCGAGCCUCCUUGCCGUCGCCACCAUGAAGCCGCCGAUCUAGUCCGAGUAAGAGAGAGAUCCGAGAGGGGAGGAGGCCAACGCAGCCGCCGAGCCCGUCACUGUGCCGAUUCGUCGCGCGAGGAGCUCGUGCCGUCGCCGAUCAUCCUUGCGCAGCAUCAGAGGCAGAACCGCGACCUGAAGAGAGCGCGAGCCAUAACCACCGAUGGAGAAGGAGGAGCGAGCGCGGAGAAGGUGAAGUCGCCGCUGUCGCCGGCACCUCCAUCCCGCGUCACCGCCGAACGCGCCGUGACCUCUGCCGUCGCCAGUCUGGUUUGCUCUGCCGUCGUGCCGUUGAGGAGAAGGCCGUCCAGUCACACCGAACAGGAGAGACAGAGAGAUCUGAGGCUGAGCUGGGGGUUCAACCACCAUGCCCAGCCGUGCUUGCGUCGCCGGCGCCGCCUCGGUUGGAACUGUCGCCGUCAGAAAAGGGUCCAGGCCGCCGCUAAUGGAGCUAGCCGGAACUGUUUCAAGGUUUUGCCGCUUAUUUAG